AUGGCAGUGUUCAAGAAGUUAAAACUUCUUCUCUGGAAGAAUUUCAUCUUAAAGAAGCGGAGGAUUCUGAUGACAGUGCUUGAAAUCUUGAUGCCAUUACUAUUUUCUGCAGUUGUAUUGUAUCUUCGUUUUAAUAGUGUCCCAAGAAAAAGAGCUGCUACUAAUUACAGUGCAAUUGAUGUCAGUUCGCUGCCAGACUUCUUCCAUCAGUUUCCUGUGAAAAAUAAAUUUCAACUAGUUUAUAUCCCUUCCAAGAGUGAGACUUUGAAGGCUCUCACUGAAAUGGUGGAAGAUACUUUUGAUGUUGAGUUUGAAGUUCUAGGCUUUUCUUCCGUGCCUGUGUUUGAAAGUUACAUAAUUAAUGAUCCCAAAGCUUUCUACAUAUUGGUAGGAAUUGUUUUUGACCAUAACUUCAAUGACAGCAGGGAACCUUUGCCACUUGGGGUGAAGUAUAACUUGCACUUCAGUUAUAUUCAGAGGAACUUUGCAUCAAUGAAGCAUACGUCUCUUCAAGAGAACUCCGAAGGCUGGUGCACAUCCUUUCUUUAUCCUCCUAACCUAAGCUAUGAACCCAGGGAAUUUGCAUUUACUGAUGGCGGAAUCCCUGGAUACUACAAAGAAGGCUUCCUGGGCAUACAGCAUGCUGUGGACAAAGCCAUUAUGCAUCACCAUGCUCGCAAUGCCUCAGCUGACAUGUUUGAGAGACUCAAUGUGCUCUUGCAGAGGUUCCCACAUGGGCCCCAUAUUCAGGACGGGUUCUUCCUGGUCCUUCAGAACGAGUUUYCACUGUUCCUCAUGCUCAGCUUUAUAUGCAUUGAGCUCAUCAUCAUCAAUACUGUCCUACUGGAGAAAGAGAGAAAACUGAAGGAAUAUAUGUAUAUGAUGGGAUUGAACAGCUGGCUGCACUGGGUUGCUUGGUUCAUCACAUUCUUCAUUUCUGUCUUCAUUGCUGUUUCUAUCAUGACCAUUCUCUUCUGCACAAAGGUGGAAAACAUGGCUGUUUUCAAGAAUAGUGAUCCUAGUUUGAUUUUUGUUUUUCUAAUGUGUUUUGCUGUUGAUACAAUUUUCUUUGCAUUCAUGAUCAGCACAUUCUUCCAAAGAGCACACGUUGGAACUGCCUCAGRAGGUAUCAUCUUCUUCUUCACCUACCUCCCCUACCUGUACCUCACUUUCAGCUACCACCAGAGGAGCUACUUUGAAAAGAUAACCUUUUGUCUCUUCUCAAAUGUUGCCAUGGCAAUGGGAGUCCACUUCAUGUCCAUGUUUGAGGCAAAAGGUAUUUUACAGGAGAGGAAUGCACACAUAGCAGUCAAAGAUCUGAGUAUGAAUCUGUACAGAGGUCAGAUCACUGUUCUUCUGGGACACAAYGGAGCAGGAAAAACCACCACCUGCUCCAUGCUCACAGGUCCUAUUUCCCCUUCAAGUGGACAGGCAUAUAUCAAUGGAUAUGAGAUUUCAAAAGACAUGGUUCAAAUCAGGAAGAGCAUAGGCUGGUGCCCACAACACGAUAUCUUAUUUGAUAACUUCACAGUAGCAGAACAUCUUUUUUUUUUUAUGCUCAGGUGAUUGAAAGGCCUGUCUCAGCAGAAGUGCCCUGAAGAAGUCAAGCAGAUGCUGCACAUCCUCAAUCUGGAGGACAAGCACAACGCACGGUCCAAGUUCCUGAGUGGGGGCAUGAAGCACAAGCUGUCCAUCGGCAUCGCCCUCAUAGUAGGCUCCAAGGUGCUGAUGCUAGACGAGCCCACCUCAGGCAUGGACGCCAUCUCCAGGAGGGCCAUCUGGGGUGCAGGAUACUAUAUGACUUUACUGAGAAAUCCUUACUGUGAUCUUAUUUAUCUUAUUUAUCAUCACAUACCAAAUGCAGUUUUGGAGUCCAGCAUUAGAGAAGAAUUAAUAUUUAUACUUCCUAAAGAGAGCAUUCACAGGUUUGAAUCUCUAUUUACUGACGUGGAAAUGAAGCAGACAGAGCUGGGAAUCACCAGCUUUGGGGCUUCUGUCACUACCAUGGAGGAAGUGUUCAUUAGGGUUUGUAUGAUGGCAGACUACAGUACAGAUAUUUCAGCCAAGAAGCAACCCUCUAUUCAUCCCUAUUCCCUGAUUAGCAGAGUUCCUGUUGAAAGAAUUAAAUAUCUUCAUUCAAGGAUCUUCUCAUUACAGACUGGUCUACCAAUCACACUAAACACUGGAUUCAGUCUUCUCUGCCAACAAUUCUACGCCAUGUUCCUGAAAAGGGUCAUAUAUUCUCAGCGCAACUGGAUGGUGAUGUUAUCUAUACAGAUCUUGGUGCCUCUGGUGAUCAUUAUAUUAAGCCUCACAUUCUUCAACUUUAAAAUGAGGAGCAUGGGAAGUGUUCCCUUACAGUUGGCUCUAAAUACAUACGGUCAGACUAUUGUUGCAUUCUUUGUUUCUCAGAAUUUCAAACUGGAUCCUCAACUUUCAGAUCAUUUUGCAAAUAUGCUUGUGGCUCAGGGACAGAUUCCUCUGGAAGUCCCAGGUCCUGUAGAAGAGUUUCUAUUGAAAAAGGCAGAAGCAGAACCCGAGGACUUUAAUAGGCUGUAUGUGGUAGCAGCUUCCUUUGAAGAUAUAGAUAACCACACCAUAGUGAGAGGGCUGUUCAACAACCAGGCGUACCAUUCCCCUGCCUUGGCUCUGACUCUGGUGGACAAUUAUCUCUUCAAGUUGCUUUCUGGUGCCAGGGCUUCCAUUACCGUUUCCAACCACCCUCAACCUCAGACAGCCAUGGAGUUCUCAGAGAAUGUCUUAUACCAGGGCCCUAAAGGGCAUUAUCUUGUUAUCAACUUGCUUUUUGGAAUGGCUUUUCUAUCUAGCUCUUUUUCCAUGUUGACGGUCAGAGAGAGACGCAUUAAGGCCAAGCACAUCCAGUUCAUAAGUGGAGUUUACAUGGCUGCUUUCUGGUUCUCCGCUAUGCUGUGGGAUCUCCUGUCCUUCCUUGUCUGCCCUCUGCUCCUGAUAGUGGUGUUUUUAUACUACAAGGAAGAAACUUUUACACACCAUGAGAAUGUACUGGCCAUGAUCUUGAUGUUGAUGCUGUAUAGCUGGGCUAUUAUCCCCUUCAUCUAUGUGAUCAGCUUCUCCUUUGACAGUGCUGGUAAUGCUUGUGUUAAGCUUGUCAUCAUACUCACCUUCUUGAGCAUCGGCCCCAUUGUGCUCGUCUCAGUCACAGGUGAACAAGAGUUGGGCUACACAGAAAUCUCAGAGUCCUUGGAUCAUACUUUUCUAAUACUUCCAGGACACUGUCUGGGGAUGGCUUUUUCCAACUUGUAUUACAACUUUGAACUACAAAAGUUUUGCAAUUCCAAGAAUCUGAGCCAGAUUGAGUGCAAAGAAGUUUCAGAAGGACAUGUGGUUCAAAAGAACAUCUAUGCCUGGGAAUCCCUUGGGAUAGGGAAAUAUCUGGCAGCCUUGGCUAUCUCAGGACCUUGGUACAUCAUCCUGCUUUUUCUUGUUGAAACCAAAGUGUUCAGGAGACUGAAAGCUAGGAUUUCUAACUUCUUCCUGAAGCAAAAGUUGGCAAGAUUGCUCGCAGCAGCAUCAGUGCCUGAAGACCAAGAUGUAGAAGAGGAGGCAAAAACUGUCAGGACUUAUUUGGAAACGUUGCGAAAGACAAAUCCACUAAUUGUUAAAGAAGUGUCAAAGGUCUAUAUCAAGAAGGUACCCCUGCUGGCUGUGAACAAAGUAUCCUUCACUGUUCAAGCUAAAGAAUGCUUUGGUCUUCUUGGAAUUAAUGGAGCUGGAAAGACUUCCAUUUUCAAAAUGCUGAUAGGACAGAAGCCCAUCACCUGUGGGGAUGCAUUUAUUAGGGGUCUUAGCAUCAGCUCUGACCUAGGGAAGGUCCGGCAGUGGAUUGGUUACUGUCCUCAGUUUGAUGCCUUGCUGAGCUUCAUGACAGGCCGAGAGACACUGGUCAUGUAUGCCCGGAUCCGGGGCAUCCCGGAGCGCCACAUCAGUUCCUGUGUGGACCAGAUUCUUGAGGAUUUAGUCAUGUUCGUGUAUGCAGACAAGCUGGUAAAGACCUACAGCGGUGGUAACAAGCGCAAAUUGAGCAUGGCUGUUGCCCUCAUUGGAGAUCCUGCCGUCAUCUUCCUGGAUGAGCCGUCCACUGGCAUGGACCCUGUGGCCCGGCGCCUGCUCUGGGGCACUGUGGGAAAGGCCCGCGAGUCUGGCAAGGCCAUUGUCAUCACCUCCCACAGCAUGGAGGAGUGUGAGGCUUUGUGCACCUGGCUGGCCAUCAUGGUGCAGGGUCAGUUCAAGUGCCUGGGAAGCCCACAGCACCUCAAGAGCAAGUUUGGCAACGGCUACUCCCUGCMGGCCAAAGUCCGAAGGGAAGGGCAGCAAGAAGCACUGGAGGAGUUCAAGGCAUUUGUAGACCUGACCUUUCCAGGCAGUGUCCUAGAAGAUGAGCACCAAGRCAUGGUCCACUACCACCUGCCUGGCAAUGACCUCAGCUGGGGGAAGGUGUUUGGCAUUCUGGAGCAAGCCAAGAAGAAGUACCUGUUGGAGGACUACUCCGUUAACCAGAUCUCCUUGGAGGACAUCUUCCUGAACUUCGCCAGUUCUGUGCCCCCUACUCAAGGAACAAUCCAACAAGAGCAAGCAGAGCCAGACAGGUCUUCAUCACCCUCACUGCCUCGCCUUCAGCCCAGGUACAAUGCCCUUGCUCAUGGGUAA